AUGGCCGUUUCGGUGACGCUGAAGGCCUCCAGGCCGCUUUGGAAGCCGGCUUUGCUGGCCCCUCGCUCGCCGCCUCCAGCCAAAUAUGGGGGCCGCCACACAGUAACCAUGAUCCCUGGAGACGGGAUUGGGCUAGAACUCUCACUGCACGUCAAGGAGAUAUUCAGGCAUGCCUGUGUGCCAGUGGACUUCGAAGAGGUUUUCGUGAGUUCAGAGGCCUCCGACAGGGACCUGCAGAAUGCCAUCAUGGCCAUCCGGCGGAAUCGGGUGGCCCUCAAAGGAAACUUGGAGACAAACCAUAACCUGCCGCCUUCUCACAAGUCCCGCAAUAACAUUCUACGCACUACCCUGGAUCUCUUUGCGAACGUGAUCCACUGCAAGAGUCUCCCAGGCGUGGCAACCCGGCAUCGGGACAUCGACAUCCUUAUGGUCCGGGAGAACACGGAGGGAGAGUACAGCAGCCUGGAACACGAGAGCGUCUCUGGCGUGGUGGAGUGCCUGAAGAUCAUCACAAAGACCAAGUCGCUGCGCAUCGCUGAGUACGCUUUCCAGUUAGCGAAGGAAGCUGGGCGCAAGAAAGUGACGGCCGUCCAUAAGGCCAACAUCAUGAAGCUGGGCGAUGGACUGUUUCUCCAGUGCUGCAGAGAGGUGGCAGCUGGCUACCCAGACAUCACCUUUGACAGCAUGAUCGUCGACAACACCACCAUGCAGCUGGUCUCCCGUCCGCAGCAGUUCGAUGUCAUGGUCAUGCCUAACCUCUACGGCAACAUCGUCAACAACGUCUGUGCCGGACUGGUCGGGGGCCCGGGUUUGGUGCCGGGGGCCAAUUACGGGCGUGACUAUGCAGUUUUUGAAACGGCUACUCGCAACACCGGCAAGAGCAUCGCCAACAAGAACAUCGCCAACCCUACCGCAAUGCUGCUCGCCAGCUGCAUGAUGCUGGACCACCUCAAGCUCCACAGCUACGCGUCCGUGAUCCGCAAGGCAGUCCUGGCUUCCUUGGAUGAUUCAAGGGCGAGUUUCUUCUAUAUCGGAGGGCAGGGGACGACUUCGGAGGCUGUCCAGUCCAUCCUGAAGCAGAUCCGCAGGUCUGCAGUCAACCUGGCACAGAUCGUCUGA